CCCCUGAGGCCCGGUCGGGCGGUCGCGCCCCCCACCCCCCCCCCCAGUAGCCCUCGCGCUCUCGGCGGGGUCUGUGCCCGGGCCUUCGGGGCGGGGGCCUCCGGCCCCCCAGUCUCCUUCCCGAGGUGUCCGUCGGUCCGUCGGUCCGUGCGUCCGGCGAGCUCGGCCUGCCCGGCUGGGAAGGGCGGCCGGGCCCGGGCCUCCCUCCCCGGACUCGGGAGCCGCCGCUGCAGGCUUAGCAUGCGGACUCUGCUGUAGACGGCCGUGAGCGAGAGAGACACAGCUCUGCUGAGUGGUGCUGGCCUUCCACCAGAAACGAGGUAAACAGUUGCAGGAUAAAUGCAGAGAGGUGUCCUCCGUCUUGAAGACUCAGCCACUGCCCCGUCGAAAUCCCGAACUCCGAACUAUAGAGCGGCGAGAAGUGCAUCUGAGCACUGAUGUCCCAGACUUCAUAGCUUUGCUCAGACUUACUGGAGUCAACAUAGAACCCUUUGAGGACUCGACCUUACAGGUCUUCCUGUCAAACAAGCCUAACUGGUUUCUAACAUGCCAGCGUGGUUUACUGACUGUCAUUUAACGUGCUCAAGAGUGCUUCGUGAGCCGGGACCGUAAGGGACCCAGCGGAGACGACCGGAUGCAGACUUGAGGCACUCAACUUGCCCAGACCGCGGACUGAAGUCUUGGCAGUUAGGACACCGGAGUCCGUGUCCGUGGACUUUCAGCCCUGUUGGCGGUGGGUGAUUGUCGGAGGAACCCGAUGUAGGAUGCCAGCUGCUUGAGCUCCCUCUCGGACGAGAUGGAAGAAAAAGAGCUGGAAGGUCCCAACGCUGCGUCCGAGAAGCGCUAUUUCCCAGAAUCCCUUGAUUCCAGCGACGGGGAUGAGGAGGGGGUUUUGGCCUGCGAGGACUUGGAACUUAACCCCUUUGAUGGAUUGCCUUAUUCGUCACGUUAUUACAAACUGCUAAAAGAAAGAGAGGAUCUGCCAAUAUGGAAAGAAAAAUACUCCUUUAUGGAGAACCUGCUUCAAAAUCAAAUUGUGAUCGUUUCAGGAGAUGCUAAAUGCGGCAAGAGCUCUCAGGUUCCCCAGUGGUGCGCCGAGUACUGCCUGUCCGUCCGCUACCAGCACGGGGGCGUGGUGUGCACGCAGGUCCGCCCCCAGAGCGCCGUGCAGCUCGCCCUGCGGGUGGCAGACGAGAUGGACGUUAACAUCGGGCACGAAGUCGGCUACGUGAUCCCCUUUGAAAACUGCUGCGCCAGCGAGACCAUCCUGAGGUACUGCACCGACGGCAUGUUGCAGAGGGAGAUGAUGUCCAGUCCGUUUCUGGGUAGCUACGGGGUCAUCAUCUUAGACGACGUCCACGAAAGAAGCAUUGCCACGGAUGUGUUACUUGGCCUUCUUAAGGACGUUUUAAUGGCGAGACCCGAACUGAAGCUUAUAAUUAACUCCUCCCCUCACCUGAUCAGCAGACUCAUGUCUUACUACGGAAACGUGCCUCUCAUAGAAGUGAAGAAGCAGCACCCCGUGGAGGUUGUGUACCUGAGCGGGGCCCAGAAGGAGUCUUUUGAGUCCAUUUUACGCCUUAUCUUUGAAAUUCACCAGUCUGGUGAGAAGGGAGACAUUGUGGUCUUUCUGGCCUGUGAACAAGAUAUUGAAAAGGCCUAUGAAAUUGUCUGUCAAGAAGGAUCUAACUUGAACCCAGAUCUAGGGGAGCUGGUGGUGGUUCCUCUGUACCCAGAAGAGAAAUGUGCGUUGUUCAAGCCAAAUGAGGAAACAGAAAAAAGAUGCCAAGUUUAUCAGAGGAGAGUGGUGCUAACCACUAGCUCUGGAGAGUCUUUGAUCUGGAGUAACACAGUCAAAUUUGUCAUCGACGUGGGUGUGGAAAGGAGAAAGGUGUACAACCCUAGAAUCAGAGCGAACUCACUCGUCAUGCAGCCCAUCAGCCAAAGCCAAGCGGAGAUACGCAAGCAGAUUGUCGGCUCGUCUUCUCCAGGAAAACUCUUCCGUCUGUACUCUGAGGAGUUCGCCUCCAAAGACAUGCGGCCGCUCAAGCCAGCCGAGAUGCAGGAGGCGAACCUGACCAGCAUGGUGCUGUUCGUGAAGAGAAUAGACAUCGCAGGCUUAGGCCACUGUGACUUCAUCAACAGACCAGCGCCGGAAAGUCUGAUGCAGGCUCUGGAAGACUUGGACUACCUGGCGGCACUGGACAAUGACGGGAAUCUCUCUGAGUUUGGGAUCAUCAUGUCGGAGUUUCCUCUUGACCCCCAACUCUCAAAGUCGAUCUUAGCGUCCUGUGAAUUCGACUGCGUAGAGGAGAUGCUGACGAUCGCCGCCAUGGUGACAGCUCCCAAUUGCUUUUCUAAUCUGCCGCGUGGAGCUGAGGAGGCUGCCUUGACUUGUUGGAAGACAUUUUUACAUCCUGAAGGAGAUCACUUUACCCUCAUCAACAUUUACAAGGCCUACCAGGACACGGCUCUGAAUUCCACCAGCGAACACUGUGUUGAAAAGUGGUGUCACGAUUACUUCCUCAACUGCUGCGCACUCAGGAUGGCGGAUGUCAUCCGAGCUGAACUCUUAGAAAUUGUCAAGCGAAUCGAGCUUCCCUGCGCAGAACCUGCUUUUGGCUCCAAGGAAAACGCUCUGAACAUAAAGAAAGCUCUUCUGUCCGGCUACUUCAUGCAGAUUGCUCGGGACGUGGACGGAUCGGGUAACUACCUGAUGCUGACCCACAAGCAGGUUGCCCAGUUGCACCCCCGGUCCGGUUACUCCAUCACCAAGAAGAUGCCAGAGUGGGUUCUCUUCCACAAGUUCAGCAUAGCAGAGAACAACUACAUCAGGAUUACCUCAGAAAUCUCUCCUGAACUAUUUAUGCAACUGGCACCACAAUACUAUUUCAGUAACCUGCCUCCCAGUGAGAGUAAGGAUAUUCUACACCAGGUGAUGGAUCACCUAUCACCCAUGUCAACAAUGAAGAAGGAACAGAACAUGUGUGAGAAGUGCCCGGAAACCGCGGAGCAAAGGUGCACCUUGCAGUGACUCGUCUGCGCCUUCCCCUUAGAGCGUGCUGCGUAGCCAGUACCCCAGCCGGGCCGCACGGCUGAUCCACUGGAGCAAGGUGAGGACCUUCAACUUGAAUACGGACAUCAUACCCCACACAAGAGAGUCUCGAAAAGAGUUACACUUUGUACAUUAUUUAAAAAUAAAAAAUGGAAGUUUUUA